AUGGCUCUGAACCCGCAACUGAUGUUCUAUAUGAAACCAAUAAGAAAAUGGCAACCCCAUUUGAAACAAAAGAAAAACAGCCUGAAAUCCAAAAGGCGAUCUCUCAGUAUAAUUACAGUGAUCAUACUAGCUUCACUGCCUUAUAGUUCAACUUUGAGUUUACCGAAUGGUGAUCCCGCCCCUGGCAGAUCUCCAGGACCACCUGAUGAUAAUAAAGAAACUACUACUCUAGAUGAGGUUGAAGUGACAACAGUGAGUGACGUUAGUGUAGAAACUGGUGAUGCUUGUGCCUUUGCGAGGAUCCCAAGUGACAGUGAAGAGGUGGUGACGGUUAGUGCUGUGGAUAGUGAUGUGAAUUUGACGGUGGUCCACCCGGCGUUUGAGACUGAUGAGCUGGUCAGAGGAGUCGUUUAUGAUGUUCAUCUCCAAUUCGAUGACGUCACGCUCCAAGAUUACGUCCUAUACUCCAUCGUGGGCACAUUCAUCAGGGGCAACUUCACGCCAACCUCAUUCGCCGAACGCCCAUGCCGGGACGAAACGCCCCUCCCCUACUUCGUCCCGAAACAUUCGAGAUCCGAACGGUCCAAAUUCAAAAAUGAUGUGACUGAAUUCGAUGGUUAUUAUUUUAGGCCGAGGUAUUAUAGAGGUGAGAGGUCGGUAGUGAAUGGGUUUCGGAGGGGGAGGGGUAGGUUUAGGAGGAGGUUUCUCCCGGCCAGGGUUGUGAGUGGGCCGCUGGAUGGCAGGAGCGGCGUGGUCCUACAGUGGUCGCUGACUGAUGCGGUGCAUAUAGGAACAGAUGAAACUAGUGUUGUUUUUAGAUUACGUUAUAGGAAGAUGACGAGUGCCACCAUAUACCAAGUGUUCUUUACUAAAAUUUUAAGACUAGAAUGUGCGAUACAAUUGCGAGCGGUGCGGGUGGGCCGCGUCCACUCGGGGCACCUCCCCCACUCCCACGGCUGCCGCCUGCUCAUCCCCACACCACCACCAAAAAACGCCUUACUCAUCGAACUCCACAAGCUAAACGUCCCAUGCUCGACAGGGUUCAUCCGCUUCGCACCAAACACGCAGACCCUCUGCGGAAAACUCGAGCAAAUCCCGUACCAAAAUCGAAGAUUUUUAUACUCCAGCCACUCGAAGAACCCAGCAGUUGAACUGCACGGCCGGCCCACGUUCGCCGCGACUUAUCGUCUAGUGGACCACUGUCAUGACGUCUUACUCACGGCAAGAAACGGCUCGUUCGAAGUUGGUCCGGCUGUGAAACUCGCUUGCUCCUACAAAAUCCACUUGCCUUAUGGAAACCGAGUAGCGUUGAGACUACAGAUGGGCACAGGACCAAUGACUAGUAGAGAGAAUGAUCUGUCUAAUAUAAUUCACGAAGAUGCUUUAGCGUCGUGUAGAGGAAUGGAGUUAAGUUUAGAAGACGGUACGUCUAGAUGGAAGCAUUGUUCCCAGCCUGGUGACCCGUUGAGGAGUGUUCAGAUUGUGUCGGAGGGGAACUCGGUGAGGUUGAACAUUAGUGUGUUGGCGAAGAAGAAUUCCUCGGCGAUGUGGUUGAAAGUGUGGUGGAUGGAUAAGGCGGUUGAGGAGGUGGUAGGGCACUGUAACUACGGGUGGGUGUUGUCGGGUGAUUUCUGCAUAUCAGCGGUGAGGGAAGCCAAGAAGGCGUGGAGGCAGGCGGAGACGGAGUGCGUGAGGCUGGGCGGUCACCUGGCAAGCGUGCUGAAUGAGCGGCAGCAGCAGAUUGUGGACAAGUUACUGCUGCAUGCGCCCGGCGCAGGAGUGGACGAUGUGUACUGGAUUGGCGCGACGGACGCCGUGCACGAGGGAGAGUUCCGCUGGUCAAAUGGUCUACCUUUCUCUUAUGCACACUGGUUCCCCGGUUGGCGCAAGCACAGCAGUCAGCCCAAUGACGACGGGACUUCGGGCCAGGACUGCGUGGAGGCGAGGCGGGAAUUCCCCCCACGCCCCCCACCAGCGGUGCCCACUUUCAUGUGGAACGACAGGGGGUGCAGGGAACACAACUACUUCGUGUGCGAAAGGCCGAGUGUUGAAGACCCGUACACAGCAUCGAAAAUACAAUGCAACGAAACGAUAUCGCUGUCGCACUCGCACCCUCACGCCAUAGUCUCGAGCCCGGGGUUCCCCCGCCCGUACCCCGACGAUGUGGACUGCGUGACGGAGGUGAGGGCGCCGCCUGCGCACACGCUGAGACUACAUUUUGAAGAGUUGCUCACAGAACAUGAGCCGCAUUGCGCCUACGACUUUCUGGAGAUCAUUGAAAUCGGUGCUGAAAAUUCGACGGAUUUGGCUCCGGAGGAGUGGCUUGUCGAAGAUCAUCUGCACUCUUAUGGCUCGGAGAAUGAAGUCUGGGAAGAGUCAGAAACGCAAAUGGCCGAGUCGGACUCUGUCAGCGCGGGGUGGUCGCGCGAGUCGCACUCAAGUCACGCGCGGCGACUCUGCGGAGACUGGGGUGGGAAGCUGAAGCUACUCCGCUACCAGUCCAAGGGCAAUGUCCUCAGGCUCAGAUUCAGGGCUGACCACUCCCGCCACUUCGCUGGGUACAAAGCGAAGAUUACCGUUGCUGAUUCCCAAUCGUGUAUGGACAUCAAGCAGGUUUUAUUUGACGGCCACUGUUACCUCUUCUCCGGCUAUCCCAAGGCUUCCUGGAUAACUGCCAAACAGGUGUGCGAAGGCCUGAACAUGCAAUUGUCUUCCGUCCAUUCGGCUGAAGAGGAGAGGUUCAUCGUCACUGGAAUCCGACAGAGCAGUGACUACAGCGCAGGGUCCGUCUACUGGCUGGGGGCUCAGAGGGGGGUGGAGGGGAAGAAGGAGUUCAGCUGGUUAGAUGGGAGUCUGGUAGAAUACCAAGCCUGGCCACCGUAUAAUGACACCGAAGAUUCGAUGGAUUCUUGCUUAGGAGUGCAGUGGAAAUCAUCACCAGUGCCAUCUCAACCGAGCGGCCUAUACUGGACCCUCCACAAAUGCAUUGCGACCGGAGGCUACGUCUGCAAGAGGAGGCUCAACGCUGAGCAUAUCGUGCAGAACAGGACUGUUGAAGGCACCUCAGGUAUCCUAUCGAGUCCAAACCAUCCGAGGCUGUAUGACAACGACCUGGACUAUUGGGUCCACGUCACGGGCCCCCAGGACACAAGGCUGGUCUUCGUCUUCCACUCCAUUGAAAUGGAGUAUCAGAAGGACUGUCUCUACGAUUUUGUCGAGCUGCGAGACGUGAAAAGUUUGAAGUCGUCAAGAUACUGCGGAUCUGUGAGCGAGACUCGAUGGGUGGCCAGCGCCAACAAGGCUGUAUUACACUUCCAUUCUGAUUACAACACACAAGGAGCGGGGUUCUCUCUGACCUGGCACGCCGUGGAACUGCCGGGGUGUCCAUCACAGACCUUCACGUCCAAGGAUCACGGGGUUCUCCGAAGUCCCAACUACCCGCACUUUCUGCUUCCGGAUUUAGAUUGUACCAUCGAUAUACUUGCUCCCACUGGCAAACGUGUGUUCCUUAACAUCAGCCAUUUCGACUUUGGCUAUGGAACAUUCCAUAAGGGUGUUCCUAUCAACGUAACGGAUGUUAUUCCCGAAGAUACAUUUCUGGAGGUGCAAGUUGACCCUCAGACGGUGCCCAUUCGACCAUUUCUAAACUCCAAUAUAUUGACAAAUGGUCUUUUUGUAUCAACGUCGGAAGUAUUACGACUGAGACUGAGGACUGGCGAAAAUGUGACGGGUGUGGGGUUUUUGGCGCAUUUUAAAACUGUGAAUUUCGUGAACGUGAGUCACGUAGUCGAACUACCGAACGCUAGAGGUGGUCAAGUCGUGGCGCCAAACUGGCCCAGCGCAGCCCCGCCCCGCGCCAUGUUGCGGACAAGACUCCUGGCGCCGCCUCAGCAUACGUUGGCUCUAGCGCUACACAGGGCAAGGUUGGCAAUUGGAGGGGAGGAACAUCCUUGCGGCGAAGGGAAUGGGUGGAUUCAGGUCAAAGACAGCUACACAGACAAUAACGGAACACAGUGGACCCUCUGCGAGGUGGAGAACAACAAACGCAAGUUGGAACCGAGCGCCCCGCUCAUCAUCAACUCUUACUUGCAUUCCCUGCUCGUGACGCAAUAUUCAGGGAAUCGGGUCGGAGGGAUCAAUGUGGACAUCUCGCUAGUUGUCAAUAAAGAUCCAGAGUACCACAGCAAGCUGCUUCUGAUGUCAGAUGACACAAACCUUGAAUCGUGCUACCCGAAUCCUUGCCUCAACAGCGGCGUCUGCGCAUCGGAAGAUAGUAAACGAUUUUGUCAGUGUUCAGGCUAUUACACGGGUGUUUUCUGCAUGCUAACUGCAUGCGAGCGUUCUCCUUGCGUAUUCGGCAAUUGCUCGUUAUCUCUAGCCAAUGGGAUCGCAGCAGAAGCGUACACGUGUGCGUGUGCGCGCGGGUGGAAAGGGAGGCGGUGUGGGGAGAGAGUGCGGCCGUGUGCUUCUAAACCGUGCAACAAUAGAGGCGCUUGCAUAGAAAGAGACGGCACUUUUUUGUGUCAGUGCAACCCGUCGUGGAAGGGGAAAAGAUGCGAAGCGCCAAAUCCGACUCCCAACAUCGUCGGCCUUGGCACACGUAUGCUCCAAGAGCCUUUCUGGCUUGGACUCAUCACAGUCUUCGUAGUCCUCGGCAUGAUCGGCCUCAUCUGGUGCGCCAAGAGGCAUUUCCCGGAGAAGAUUGAGAAACUCUUAGCUGAAGAAGCCGACCGCUGCGCCAGACCGCCGCCGCGGGAGCCGCCGCCGCACCGCACGCUGCUCACGCGGCUGGGUAUCCGCAAGCCGUCGGUGUCGGGGCUCACGGCGCAUCCGCGAGCCGCGCGCACCUUUAGCUUGGACGAUCUGUUAAAGCCGCCGCCCGGACGAACACCAUCGCCACGGAAAAAACGCAACAAUUCAACGCCAACGAAAAAGAACGCAGCAGAAAAGAAGCAAAUACUACAACAGCUUAUAAGUCCAGCGUCAGCAAACGAUCAUUCGAAGAAAAUUACGAUGGGAGAACUAAUUCAGAUGUCAGAGAAAAGAACGCUAAGUACGGUGGAAAGUGCCCCUGCUUUUGUUGAUUAUGGGAUGGAUAAUAAAGAGACAUCGUUUGCCAGUGAAGCAUCGACACCGUCCACAUCACCAUCGAUGAGACAUAUAUCUGAUCCAAAGUUGGAAAAGAAAGUUACUUUUGCUAGAUUGCUUAACAAGGUAUCAGCAGAAAUGAGUUCUAGCUCUGACGUUGACAUGGUGAAUACUAUAGCAAUACCAAUGGCUGUGAUAGCUGAUAGAGGCUUGAGAGCAAAGGCGUCAAGUACGCCCCCCUCUCCAGGAGUGGAAAUUAGAUCACCUCAUAGCACAUCCAGUAAUCAGGGAAGCGAUUCCAUGUCCAGUCUUGAUCUAACUUUGGCGAAUGCCGCUUUGAAAAAAUACUCCAGGCAACCGAAAAUUUCAAGCGCUGAUUCAAUUCUUGCAAUGUUCCGCAAUUUCUCAUCGUCAUCGGCAGCCAUGGUGUCACGAGCAUCAUCUGGAGGUGUCUCGAUGUCGAGCACACCGUCUGCAUCAUCUCCACAAGAUGAUACAGUUGACGCAGAUGACAUAUCAUUAGCAUCCUCACAUAUACCCUCACUAGCUCCAGAUUCUCCGGUGACAAGGCCGCAUAAUACAAUAGAAAUACAGGUUCUGGACCCUCUUAGUGCUCACAAGUCAACAUCCUCUGGCAGCAACUUACUACACCCUCCUUCCAUACUUCUUGAAGUCCCCAGUACAAUAAAUAAAUGUCUAUCACCGAUCCGAGAACUUCCUACGCCAUUACCCACUCCUCUCCCGACGCCUUUACCUACUCCAUUACCUUCCCCUCGCAUGCCUCGGGCUAGUAUGGAAGCAGAUGCAAAGAGCGAAUCUACAACUACUUGUAUAUCGCCAAGCGAAGACGAGUUGGAUGAGAUAAAAUUCGAGAACAAGCCUGAAAGAUCGAUAUCCGGAUUAAGAUUGAAGCUGAGGCAACCAGCUACCAGUACCGAUACCCCUACACCUUCAACGCUGGUGACAGAUUCACCGAGUCCUAGCUUCACUCACAGUCAAGAUUCUGAACGGGAAAUGUCUUCUCCAUCCCCCGCUCCACCAGGAUUAAGAGUGCCAGUUCUAACUAUAGAAAGACCCUCUCCAGGUUCACCGCCUCCUAGACGAACACCACCGCAUUUAGAAUUCCAACCGCCACCAUUGAUAACAGUAACUUACAAUGCCAGUGAAGAAUCAGAUGAACCAAUGUCACCCAGACCUCCCCCACCAAGUGGAAACAUGUGUUACUUGAGCCCUUUUUCGAUGUCUGCAAGAGGCGAAAGAGCACCAUCUGAAUCCAACUUAUCCUCAUCAGGGUACAGUUCCAUGGCCAGUCCUGGACCAUCGAGGUGUGGCUCUAGUAAUCCUCUGUGUCCCUCGGAGAUGGAAGAUCCCGGGUCUGGUGGAGGACCGUCGUGUUUUCAGUCGAGAAGACGACCGUUGAUGAAAACCAACUCAAGCCCAACUACAACUUCAAAUGACGACGGCAAUGAAAGGAGAAGGGGACGAUCGGAUUCUGAAACCUUAUCAGAUGAUCCGUUACUAGAGUCUAACGAUGAAGGUAUAGGAACAGAUGAAAGGGUUGACGAUGUACCAACCAGUGCUAAGGAAUUAGAGACGUUAGUGGUUUUGAAAGAGACGUUGGAUGUGCCUCAAACAACACUAUGUUCGCCCAGCGGCGUGACUAAAUGUUCGAUAGUAAAAUGCAUAAGCGUCGAAAGAGGUUUAGAUGAAAAGGCAAGUUUAAGGCCUCCGACGUUACUGACCGAUUGUAGUAGACCGUUGAGUCCAGUCAGCUCUAGAAGCGAAAGUCCUUUGAGUGACAAAACAGGUCUGGGUCGGUUUUCUCCUCAGUUUUACGGCCGGCAACUGCCUUUUACUGAUUCCGAUGGAUUGUAUGACUUCCCGAGUUCGGAGUGUGUGAAAGGAAACAAUUGUAAAUCAGGGACCAACACGCAGAAGAAAACAGGGAGGAAACGAGACAGAAGAACGACGAGGACUGCGUCUCACGAAGUGGCGGGGACAACAAAGUCAACGCUACCUCAUAUGCCGCAUUCCAUGCACAACUUGUUGGAGGUGCCGGGUUGCCGGGACGCAUGUUCCCGCGGGCGCAAGGGCGGCCGCCGUCGCUCCCGUUCACAGGCUCCAGCGCCAGCGUCCUCUUCAUCAUCAGAAGAUUCCGUCUCCAACGCGUCAGUGGCGUCCAUCGCCUCCGCCAGGGAGCUUCGAUUGCCGGAUUUGGAGAUGCAGCAGGCUGAGCCGUGUCGGCUGAGGAAACCGCUCCGCCGACAAAAGUGCCGUAGCUCUGAGGAUACCUCGUCCAAAAUCUCGUCGAGUUUGGACCUCACAGAAGACACGAGAAAGCCAGCGAAAGUCAACAAACUGAGAACUAUCAGUAAUCAAAUCAGAUUCCUGCGUCGACUCGAACGUAGCCUGAAACUGAAAGAAAGCUUCCCAGCCCUCUCUGACGACGAAGGAGACGAGUCCUCCAGCGUCACAUCGCCACUUCUCCAAGGCAGAAAGGACCUAGCUCGAGUGCCCACCCACGCUAUAUCAGCCCCUCUGUUAGGAGGCAUAAGGCCUAAAAUCACGAGGCAGAGACGCUACGAUAGGUCACUUCAAGGCGAGGAAACUAGAACGUUGAACGCAGUCUGUCUUGAUAUCUCCGAUUGA